AGAAUGGAAAACAGGACUUUAGAUGCAGAUCUGCUGCAGCUGGAGGGGUUAAAGGUCAGUCCCCAGUCCUCCGUCCCCGCCUUCGUCCUCCUCCUCCUCAUCUACAUCUUCAUCAUGGUGUCCAACCUGGGCCUGGUGGUGCUGAUCUCCAUGGAGCGCAGCCUGCAGCAGCCCAUGUACCUGCUCUUCUGCAACAUGAGCGUUAACGACGUGUUCGGGGCGACGAUAAUCAUCCCUCAUGUGCUCAGAGACCUUCUGAUAUCAGAGCGCCACAUUCGUUACGUCCACUGUGUCGUCCAGGCGUUCUGUGUUCAUCUACACGCCAGCGCCUCCCACACCGUGCUCAUGAUCAUGGCGUUCGACCGCUACGUGGCCAUCUGCAACCCGCUGCGCUACGCCAACAUCAUGACCGGCAGGAUGGUGGCGUCGCUGUCGGCGGCGGCGUGGGGAUCAGCCGUCGUUCUGGUGCUGAUCCUCGUGGGCCUCAGCGCCCGCCUGUCACGCUGCAGGUCGGUUAUAUUCAACCUUUUCUGCGACAACGCCUCUGUGUUCAAGCUGUCCUGUGAGAGCGUCCUCAUCAACAACAUCUACGGCCUCGGCUACACCGUGCUGCUGCUGGGCUCGUCCAUCGGCAGCGUGACGCUCACCUACCUGAGGAUCGCCAUCGUGUGUCUGAGCAGCAAGAACAAGAAUCUGAACAGCCGAGCGCUGCAGACCUGCGCCACACACCUGGCGGUCUACGCCAUCCUGCUGGUUUCCGGCUUCAUCAUCGUGAUCCUGCACCGCUUCCCUCAGCUGGCGGACCACAGGAAGGUGGCCGCCGUGCUGGGACACGUCGUCCUGCCGGCCCUGAACGCCGUUAUCUACGGGCUGCAGAUGAAAGAGGUCCGGCAGAGGUUGGUGGCUUUGUUCUGUAACAAUAAAGUAGCUUUAAUGGAUGUAAAAUGA